AGCUGAAGCCGCGGUUCCCACACUUGCCCAGCGCAGCCAGGCCCACAGCCCCUGCAGGAUCCCCGAUGGCCCUGCCCUGCUCCUUCUCGGUGGCCCUGGUGCUGCUCAGCUGCCACUCCCUGUGCUGUCUGGCUUGCCACCUGCCCGACACCCACGGCCUGCGCAACUGGAGGGUCCUGACGCUCCUGGGACAGAUGAGGAGACUCUCCGCCGGCUCUUGUGACCACUACACCAAUGACUUUGCCUUCCCCAAGGAGCUGUUUGAUGGCCAGCGGCUCCAGGAGGCGCAGGCCCUCUCUGUGGUCCACGUGAUGACCCAGAAGGUCUUCCACCUCUUCUGCCCGGACACGUCCUCUGCUCCUUGGAACAUGACUCUCCUGGAGGAACUGUGCUCGGGGCUCUCUGAGCAGCUGGAUGACCUGGAGGCCUGUCCCCUGCAGGAGGCGGGGCUGGCCGAGACCCCCCUCAUGCAUGAGGACUCCACCCUGAGGACCUACUUCCAAAGGAUCUCCCUCUACCUGCAAGACAGGAACCACAGCCCGUGUGCCUGGGAGAUGGUCCGAGCAGAAAUCGGGAGAUCCUUCUUCUCCUCGACAAUCUUGCAAGAAAGAAUCAGGAGGAGGAAAUGA